AUGAAGUUUCUUAGAACAUCAGUGCUUGCAUUUGUUUUUACUUUUUUCUCAUAUCUAUGGGCAACUUCGGCUCACACUAAUGAAGACUUCCUUCAAUGCCUGACCCUUCAUGCUGGAAACUCCAGUACCUCCUCAAUUUCUAAAGUCAUUUACACCCCCACCAAUUCCUCAUAUUCAUCUGUAUUGGAAUUCUCCAUACAAAAUCCUAGAUUCUCAACACCUGCCACCCCGAAACCUCUAGUCAUUGUUACGCCAUUGCAUGUCUCCCAAAUUCAAGCAGCCGUUAAUUGUUCCCAAAAGCAUGGCCUGCAAAUCAGAGUUAGAAGCGGUGGCCAUGAUUAUGAGGGCCUUUCUUAUGUGUCUGAUGUUCCAUUUCUCAUAAUCGAUAUGAUAAAUCUUCGAUCAAUCAAUGUUGAUGCAGAAGAUGGCACGGCUUGGGUUGAAUCCGGCGCCACUAUUGGUGAAGUUUAUUAUAGGAUUGCCGAGAAAAGUAUAAAUUUUGGCUUUCCGGCGGGACUUUGCCCGACUGUGGGUGUUGGUGGACACUUCAGUGGGGGAGGGUAUGGCACCUUGAUGCGCAAAUAUGGCCUUGCUGCAGAUAAUAUUAUUGACGCACAAAUGAUUGAUGUCAAGGGUAGAAUCCUUGACAGAAAAUCCAUGGGGAAAGAUUUGUUUUGGGCCAUUCGGGGAGGUGGAGGGUCCAGUUUUGGAAUCAUUGUUGCAUGGAAAAUCAAGCUGGUUCAUGUUCCAUCAACUGUGACUGUAUUCACAGUUAAUAGGAACUUGGAACAAAAUGCAACCAAGCUUGUUUAUCGGUGGCAACAAGUUGCAGACAAAGUUCAUGAAGAUCUAUUCAUUCGCGUUGUGUUAACUGGUGCCAAUUCUAGCCAAGAAGGGAGGAGGACAAUACAAGCUUCAUUUAGUUCCUUGUAUCUCGGAGGGAUAGAUAAUCUCCUUUCAUUGAUGCAAGAGAGCUUCCCUGAACUGGGUUUGGUAAGAGAAUAUUGCACUGAAAUGAGCUGGAUUGAAUCAGUCCUAUACUUUGGAGGAUUUCCAAGUGGCGAAUCCCUUGAUGUUCUACUAAACAGGACUCCUCUAAUAAGACGCUUUUUCAAAGCAAAAUCUGACUAUGUGAUGGAACCUAUUCCCGAAGUUGGCUUGGAAGGGAUUUGGGAGAGAUUUUAUGAGAAAGAGGCAGAAACAGCAUUAUUGAUCUUCACUCCCUAUGGGCAGAAAAUGAGUGAAAUUUCGGAGUCUGCAAUUCCUUUCCCCCAUAGAGCUGGUAAUAUCUAUAAAAUCCAAUACUUGGUCUAUUGGGAAGAUGAGGGAAUUGCAGCAUCUGAGCGGCAUAUAAGUUGGAUAAGGAGGCUGUACAGUUACAUGGCUGCCUAUGUUUCGAAAUCUCCAAGAGCUGCAUAUAUGAAUUAUAGGGACCUUGACAUCGGAAAAAAUAAUCCAAAGGGCAAGACAAGCUAUAGACGGGCAAGUAUAUGGGGUGCUAAAUAUUUCAAGCAGAACUUUAACAGGUUGGUUCAUGUGAAGACUAUGAUCGAUCCUACUAAUUUCUUCAGGAAUGAACAAAGCAUUCCGGCUCUUCAAUAAUCUUGGUGAUUAGUGGUGAUAUUUAGAGAUCUAUAUAUAUGAUCUCUAAAUUAAAGAUUGCAUGUACUCGGCGAUAACGCCUUUUUCUCUACCUAGCUAUUUUCACCUAUUAAUCUUCCAUUUAAUAUGCACAGCUAACGGCUAUAUAUGGA